GUACUUGGUGCUAGAACAUGUGUCAGGUGGGGAGCUCUUCGACUAUCUUGUAAAAAAGGGAAGAUUAACACCAAAAGAAGCUAGGAAGUUCUUCCGACAAAUCAUCUCUGCUUUAGACUUCUGCCAUAGUCAUUCAAUAUGCCACAGGGACUUAAAACCAGAAAACCUACUAUUGGAUGAAAAGAACAACAUCCGGAUAGCAGACUUUGGGAUGGCAUCACUGCAGGUUGGAGACAGCUUGUUAGAAACCAGUUGUGGAUCACCACACUAUGCCUGCCCUGAAGUAAUCCGGGGAGAAAAAUAUGAUGGAAGGAAAGCAGACGUCUGGAGCUGCGGAGUCAUUUUAUUUGCGUUGCUAGUGGGUGCCCUGCCAUUUGAUGACGACAACUUGCGGCAACUGUUGGAGAAGGUGAAACGUGGAGUGUUCCACAUGCCACAUUUUAUCCCCCCAGACUGUCAGAACCUCUUGCGGGGGAUGAUUGAAGUGGAUGCCUCGAAACGUCUCACGCUAGAACAUAUUCAGAAACACAUAUGGUAUAUAGGGGGUAAGAAUGAGCCAGAACCAGAGCAACCAAUCCCUCGAAAGGUGCAGAUCCGCUCCCUCCCUUCCCUGGAGGAUAUCGAUCCAGACGUGUUAGAUAGCAUGCACUCGUUAGGCUGCUUCCGUGACCGAAAUAAACUCUUACAAGACUUGUUGUCGGAAGAAGAGAACCAAGAAAAAAUGAUUUAUUUUCUCCUGCUUGACCGGAAGGAGAGAUAUCCCAGUCAUGAAGAUGAGGAUCUUCCCCCUAGGAAUGAAAUAGAUCCCCCCAGGAAGCGUGUGGACUCCCCGAUGCUGAACAGGCAUGGGAAGCGGCGACCAGAGAGGAAGUCGAUGGAGGUUCUCAGUGUGACAGAUGGUGGCUCCCCAGUCCCUGCUCGCAGAGCUAUUGAAAUGGCACAACAUGGACAGAGUAAAACAAUGUUCAGUAAAAGCCUGGAUAUCUCUGAAGCCAAUCCCAAAUUCAACAAAGAAGAAAGGAUGGCGAGUGCUGAUCCAUUGGGGUCUCGGUCAAUCAGCGGAGCUUCGUCUGGGCUCUCCACCAGUCCUCUGAGCAGUCCAAGGGUCACCCCUCACCCCUCUCCAAGGGGAAGUCCCCUCCCUACCCCCAAGGGGACACCUGUCCAUACGCCAAAGGAGAGCCCAGCAGGCACACCCAACCCAACACCACCAUCCAGCCCCAGCAUUGGAGGAAUGCCAUGGAGGACACGGCUCAACUCAAUCAAGAAUAGUUUCCUGGGGUCUCCUCGGUUCCAUCGCCGGAAAUUGCAAGUACCUACACCAGAGGAGAUGUCCAAUUUAACCCCAGAAUCAUCCCCAGAGCUUGCCAAAAAAUCCUGGUUUGGUAACUUCAUCAACCUGGAGAAAGAAGAACAAAUUUUUGUGGUCAUUAAGGACAAACCACUAAGCUCCAUUAAGGCUGAUAUUGUCCACGCUUUCCUCUCGAUUCCAAGCCUCAGUCACAGCGUCAUCUCACAGACAAGCUUCCGUGCAGAGUAUAAGUCCACAGGAGGCCCCGCUGUCUUCCAGAAGCCAGUGAAGUUCCAGGUGGACAUAACGUACACAGAAGGGGGAGAGGCGCAGAAGGAGAAUGGGAUCUAUUCUGUCACGUUCACACUCUUAUCAGGUCCAAGCCGUCGUUUUAAGAGGGUAGUAGAAACCAUUCAGGCACAGUUGUUAAGCACACAUGACCAACCUUCAGUGCAGCAGUUAUCAGACACCACUAACUGUAUGGAGUUGAUGACUGGCAGACUUUCCAAAUGUGACGAGAAGAACGGGCAGGUGAGCCAUCCCCCCGGCACGCCAACCAAGCAUAGCGCAAACAGCAAGCGGAGCGAUUCCGGUUCUAAUGACUAUGGGUCUAGAGGAGACAAUAAGUACCCUGCUGGCAAAGACAAGGCAAAGAUGGUCUCAUCAGUCGGCCUACAAGACCAACCUUAAAUAAACACAUAAAAAAAAAACUUAGAGAACAAAAACAAAAACAAAAAAA